AUGCUGCCACCUCCCCGCUUCCGCUCCUCCACCGUCUCGGUCGUCAAGCGCCGCCGAAGUCGCCUCUGCCGCAUCCUCGCGGUCGCCGUGCCGACCUGCGUCAUCAUCGCGCUGCAGAUCCACGCGGCCGGCCACUUCGAGGAGAGCAUCGAGCUCGAGGCGUCGGCACACGGCCGCCGGAUGGCAGCAGAGGCCUCGCGCCAUGUAAACCACACGUCGCCACCCGCGCCACGAGCCUCUGCCGCCAACGGCAGUGCGCAGUGCAGCCGUCACCGGCGGCCGUAUCACGUCCUCGUGCCGUGCAGUCUCAGCGUGGAGCACCAGUGGCAGGCGCGGCUGUCGUACCACCGCUACCUGCGGCUCAAAGAGUCGGACCCGUGCAGCGACCUCGGCGCAAUCCUCUCGCGGCCGCCCCUCCCGGCCAGGCUGCUGGAGCCGUCGCCCGAAACUUCUCGGAACCUUCCUGCAGGCGGCUUCACGAGGCUGCUCACCUCGCCCGACGGCAAGCCCGACCUCCUGGCGGCCGAGAUGCCGACCGUGGUCACGCGCCAGCUGAAGCGCUCCGGCAGGCGCGACGACUGCGGCCACGGUGCGAUGACUGCGACCACGGUUUCCCUCUGCUGA